AUGCUUCGUCGUACCUUUAACAAGCGUGCACGUGAUGAUCUUGCUUACUGUCGUCGUUUGUUGCACAUUCCGUGUAGCGAACCAGAGGCUGACUCUAAGGUAACUUCUGAAAUGAUUGGUAUAGUUUCAAAGAAAGAAGCAACUCAACAUUGGCGCAAGGAUUGGCAAGAUUUGAGAAAGAAUCGAUUAACCGCCAGUAAUUUCUCGCGUGCUAUUGGUUUUUGGCCUGAGGGUAGACACAAGCUUUGGUUAGAGAAAGUAGGUGUAGAUAAGCAAUUCUCUGGAAGCCGAGCCACGGUUUGGGACAUUGAUAAUGAGGUUGAAGCACUCGCGAGAUACACCGAGUUAACGGGGAACGAAAUCCUCAUGCCUGAAUUCGUUGUUUAUAAAAACGGCGAAAACACUGAAGAUAACUGGUUAGGAGCUUCCCCUGAUGGAUUGAUCGAUGGAGUUAAAGAUGGAGUUACUUCAACCGGCGUGUUAGAAGUAAAAUGUCCGUUUGAUAAUAAGGGGAAAGCGCGUCCGUGGAAGAAGCUUCCUUGGCAUUGUGUUCCACAAGUUCAAGGUUUAAUGGAGAUUGUUAAUACAGAUUGGUUGGAUUUGUAUUGUUGGACUCGCAACGGAAGCAGUCUCUUUAGAGUUUGGCGAGAUACGGAGUAUUGGGAGGAAAUGAAACCGGCACUUGUUGAUUUUUGGGAGAAGCAUGUUCUACCUGCAAGAGAGGUAUACAAUGACAUUGAUGUUAAAGACCCUCAUGUGAAGCUGAGAGAGUUUAAGCCGAUUCGUCGGCAUGAAGAUUGCAAGAAGCUUAUUCUUGGAGCUGAGAUACUUAGCGAAAAAGCUAACCGUUUGUUCUAUGAAAUCGAUGGGAAUCUUGUAGAUUGA